AUGUCCUCCCCUAGAACAGUCGCCAUCAUCGGCUCCGCAAUAGCCGGCCCAACCCUCGCCCUCCAAAUCCUCUCCCACCCCAUCCUCCGCCGCACCUUCACCCCAAUCCUCUUCGACUCAUCCCCCUCCCCCUCAGACUCUGGUUCCCACGCCGGCGCAACAGUCGGCCUAUUCGCCAAUGGUCUCUACCCGUUACACCGUCUUGGCCUCGAGUCUUCAAUCAAGACACAAGGCUUUGAGUGUGGUGCAUUGUCGACGUGGAGCUGUGAUUAUGAGGGUGGAGUUGAGAGGUUAAAUACGCAGGGCGAUCUUAUGUGGAGUGGUGAUCUUCAGACGGGCGUUGUCUACUUUGAGAGAUGGGCUUUACAGAAAUUGCUGGUUGAAAAGGUGAAAGAACUUGGUGGUGAAGUGAACUGGGAGAAAAAGGCCGUCGACUUCACCUCCCUCGACGAUGGAACCAUGAGGGUCGCCUUUGAAGACGGAACAAACAUAACGACAGACCUCCUUAUCGGCGCUGAUGGAGGAUACUCUGGCGUCAGAAGGUUCAUCCUCAACCAGAGAAACAAGGCCACCGCGGAGGAGAGAUGGCUGCCCGACUUUAUGGGCUUAACUGGUAUAUACGGCGUAUCUACCAGUGAGCAAGCACCGUCUUCAACAGCCAAGUUCAGCGAAUCUCACCUUAUGCUGCUCAAUGACGGCUUUCUCGCCACAGGUCCUUGUCCCCAAGGCAGAACACGUUGGGAUCUCAUCCUCCCCGAAGCUUCACCUCCUUCAUCAUCCUCACCCAUCGAAUCCGGCCUUAAGCCUAACGCAGAACCAUGGCAAUCUUCAAUACUCCCAAGCCAAUAUCCUCUCAGUUCCACUGUCGAUAUCCUCCGUCAGCACCGCAACGUCUUCCACCCCUACGCCGGCAGCCUCGAAGCCCUCUUCUCAUCCGCAGACCGCAUCAUCCGCACGCCCCUCCGUCAACGUGUAUGGGAACAGGAUGAAAUCCAAUGGGGAAACGUAGCUCUCAUCGGAGACGCAGCACGUCUGAUGCUGCCGACAAGUGGUCAGGGAACAGGCUUCGCCAUUGAGGAUGCCACGGUAUUAGCGAGAUCACUACUCAAGCACGCAACUUCAGAUGCAAAGACCGGUAUUAGAGUUGCGCUGGAAGAGUAUGCACGAGUUAGGGAGCCGAGAUCCAAGAAGAUGGGCAGUCUUGCGGCGGUGGCGGCGACGUGGAGUACCAGCAAGUCGUGGUUCUGGAGGGGGUUGAGGUACUACGGGUCAAAGUGGCAGCGCGAUAGACCAGAGCCAAGCAGGGGAACGAACAAAGACGGCUGGCCGUUCAACGAGAGGAUUGAUGUCGACGACUCACCCAAGUGA